CCAAAACCAAAUCUUUAACCUAUGCUUUCCAAAUUAAUCAUCAUUUUCAUUAAUGAUGACAAUUAAGGGAGGUACAAGCCAAGCUUGUGCGGCAUGUAAAUACCAACGUCGAAAAUGCGCCCCUAAUUGCGCAUUAGCCCCUUAUUUCCCCGCCGAUAAACCCAAAACGUUCCAAAACGCUCAUAGAUUGUUCGGCGUUUGUAACAUAAUGAAGAUACUUAAACAAUUAAGUGAUGAUCAAAAAGACGAGGCUAUGCAAUCUAUCAUAUUUGAAUCCGAUAUGCGUAAAAAGUUUCCGGUUCUCGGGUGUUCGUACAUUAUAUAUAACCUUAAUGAGCAAUUGAAACAAGCUCAAAAAGAGCUUCACGAUGUUAACUCGUGGCUCGCUAUGUUGCAAGCGAAAGAACAACAUUGCCACGGGCCGGACGGGCCAGUCAUUCCUUUGCAUUUCCUGCCCGGCCCGGCUGGCCCGGCUAACGUUGAUCAUAUGUACAACAAGGAUGAUGUUGUAGGGUUUGUUGAGGAUGUGAAGCCAUUUUGGUUGCAACAACAACAACACGGUAAUAGUAGUAGUAACUAUGUCAAUAGUGAGGUGAAACAAUCAAUGAUUCAACAAGGGAGUAACUAUUAUGUCAAUAGUGAGGUGAAACGAUCAAUGAUUCCACAAGGGUUAUUUAUGCCAUUUCAACAAGAGAUUGAUGAGGUUUCUCAUGAUUAUGAUGAUGAUGAUGAUAUGCCGUUUGAUACUAUUGCUGAUGAUAGACAAUCCUACGUUGAGUCUAAGGAUGCAUGUGAAUCAAGUGCUGAAUCAACAUUGAAAGAUACAAUGGAAACAACAGUGUCUCAAAAGCAUGAACUUAAAAGUGCGGCAGCAUACUUCAGUCUUACGAGCGUUAAUUGAUCAAUCAGAAAAGGAACUUUUUUUUUUCUUCUUCUAUUUUUUGAUUGAUUAAAUGAGGAUAGUUUAACUUUUUUGAGGGAAAAAUUAGGAUAUUUUAUUUAUUUAUUCUUUUCAUAAUUCUACUUAGGUUUUGGUUAUUUUUACAAAUUCUUUAAAAGUUUUCAAUACGAUUUUUGUUCUUUCUUAUUUCAAUAAUGUAUUAGUACUCCUUCUCUAUCUAGAAAAACCCUAAUUUUAUUCUUUGUUUAGGAGAUGUCAUCUUCUAUUUUUUGGUUGUUGUAACCCCGGUAGCUAGGUAGAAUAUUUUUUGUUUAGUUUGUUAGAGUUUUUAUUGAGGAUUGGUUAUGCAAAUUUGUAAUGGGUAUCAAGAGAUUUUUUUUAUUUUAUUAUGA